AAACAAAUCCAAUCAAGAUCCAAACCGCAAGUAUUUCAUUUGGGUAUUCAUGUAAGUGCAGGGCAAUAACGAAAUCUUUGCUCGGAGUAUCCACAUUGAACACUUUCGACGACUUUAUCUUCUCAAAAAGUAUCGUUGAAUUGCAAUAAGAUACAAUAAAAUGGCAAAAAUAUCUCGGUUAAAACUGGCAGGAGUUCGAAGUUUUGGACCAGAUGAACUUCAAGACAUACCAUUUCAAGCUCCAGUAACAUUAAUAUUAGGCGAAAAUGGUUGUGGUAAAACGACGAUAAUCGAGGCUUUAAAAUACGCAUGUACAGCAGAAGCUCCAGGCGGUGGAAAAGACAAAGCCAGUUUCCUUUUCAACCCGCAGUUAAGAUCCGCAUCCUCGACGAAAGCUGUAAUUAAAUUAAAAUUGAUCGAUAGAGAUGGAAAAGAAAUUUUAAUUAAUCGAGCAAUGCGAGUUGACCAAAUAAGCCCUACGUCAAAAACAUUUAAGGCGAUGGAUUCUACGUUGACUAUUACGGAUAGUAAAGGUAAAUCUCAAACUAUUUCUACAAGAUGUAUAGACGUUUCGACGAUAGUUUGCGAACGAUUGGGUGUAUCUCAAUCGAUUUUGAGUAGCGUUAUAUUUUGUCAUCAAGAAAACUCUUUGUGGCCUUUGAGUGAAGGUAAAAACGUGAAGGAGAUGUUUGAUGAAAUUUUUGACUCUGUUAAAUACAAUAAGUGUAUAACGAAUAUAAAUGAAUUGAUAAAAAAUCAAAGGGUAGAUAUAAAAGCAAUUGCUGGGCAGUUAGUUUUUAAGCAAGAUAAAAAAAGGAUUGUUGAUAGAAAGCGGGAAGUGUUGGAAAAAGAUGAAAGGGACUUGGAAAAAAUUGUGGAGGAAAUAGAGAAAAAAAAUGAAGAAAUCAUUCCUAUUGAUAACGAACUUACUAAAAUCAUUGAGAAAGAGAACAACUUUGCCGAAUUGAAACAAAAAUUAUCAGCGAAACAAACAGAAAAGAGAAGUUUGGAACAAAACCAAAAGGAAUUGAGGGAAAAAUUAAAGCAGGAAUUUGUGGGGGAUGACGACGAAUUAAAGUUUGAGAUAAAAGUUUUUGAGGAAAAGAUAAGUAAGUUACCAACAAUCGAAGAAAUUCGGGUUAAAAUAGAUAAUUUUAACAAAUUAAUACAAAAAUCCCAAGAGAGAAUUGGGAAAUUAACCGCGGAAAAGGAUCAAUACAAUGAAACUGUAAUUAAUCGUAAUAAAUGUAUUAAUAACUUAAAAUCGGAAUUAAAUAUUGAAGCGGAUCACGACGUUGUUGAAAUGAUAGGAAUCUUAAAAACGAGUUUGAAUAAAUUAAAAGUUACAAUUCAAGAAUUAGAGAUUAAACAUGGAAACGAAGAGGAUUUGCUUCAAAAAGAUAUCGACACAAAACGCGAGGAUGUUGCAAAAAUAAAAGAGAAAAUUAAUUCUUGUAGCUCUCAAAUAAAACAAAUCAAACAGAAAAUUCGCGAAGUUGGGCUUCAAUUAAAUCUUUUGGGUAAUUCGGGCGAAGAAUUGAAACAACUCACUCUUAAAGUUGAUAAAAUAGAUAACGAUUUAAAGAAAUUAUCGAGUAGUUUUAACAUUGAUGAAACUGAAAAUUCGAUAAAAAUUAUUAAACAAGAAAUAUUUCAGUUAGAGGAGCAACAAACUUUAUUAGAGCAAGAUCAAAAGGUUCUCCAAAACAAUUUUGAGUUAGAAAAUAACAUCGAAACGCGAUUAAAAGAUAUCAGGGAGAAAGAAAAUAAAAUUUACCACUUAAAAAAUUCGCGUUUCGAUGAGUUUAGGGUUGUUUUUGAUGAGGUUCCUGAAACAAAUUUAAAAUCUGAGUUAGAAGAUGUUUUAAGCGAUAAUCGAAGGGUUUUAGAUGAUGUUCAGAAGCAAUUGGAAGUUAGUAGGAGUGAGGUGACGAAUCAAGAGGCGAGUAUUAAGUUUAAUAAGGAAAAGUUGGCGGCGUUACAAGAAGAGUUGGAGGGAAAUCUAGGUAAAAUAAGGAGCUUAACGAAGGGGCAAGAUUAUGAUGAGUUCCACAAAAAAAUUGAGACCGAAUUUAAUUUUUAUCAAGACUCUAAAGGGCAAUUAGCAGCAGCUAAAGUGCUUUAUGAGAAGUUUUUGAAGACUUUUAUUUCAUCGAAACCGUGUUGCCCGAUUUGCGAUACUGAUUUUAAGGGGAAUGAAAGCGCUGUUUCAAGUAUUGUUAAUAAAAUGAGAUCGACUCUCAAAAAUAUCCCUUCACAAUUAAGUGAAACUGAAGAAAAACUUAAUAAAACCCAAACGCUUUUUAAUCUUUCGCAACAAACUAAACCUUUGUAUGAAAAAACUAAGUUUUUGGAAGAGAAAUUAAUUCCUGAGGUGACCGAAACAAUUAAUAAAUUAAAUCUAGAAUAUGUGUUGUCGAAAACGGAAAGAGAUGAUUUAGAAUAUAAAUUAAAAAAGCCUAGGGAAAUAUUAGAAAUUGCCACAAAAAUAAUGUCUGAUGCGACAUUAAUUGAUAAAUAUCAAAGCGAAAUUCAAGCUUAUAAAAGUGAAGUUGUCGAGCUUGAAGAACAAACGACCGCGAUUAAAUCGGGUAAAUCCCGAGAUGAAGUUGAGGCGGAAAUAAAAAUUUGCAAAUCGAAUAUAUCCCAAAAAAGAAAUCUCUGCGAAUCGAAACAAGAACAAUUAGUUUCAUUUCGAAAUCAAUUACAAGAUUUAAAAGAAAAACAACACAAAUUACUCGAUAAAAAAUUACAAAUUGAAAAAACCAUGCAUGGAAAACCACAAUUAUUAGAGAAAGAAAAAGAAUUAAAAGCGGAAGAAACCGUUUUACAAAACACCAUAAAAACGUUAGAUCACGAAAUAACCCCGACAGAAAAAAAAUUAUCCCAAUCAAUCCAAUCGUUAAAAGAAAAAAAAUUAUUACACAAAAACGAAAUUACAAAAAGAACCGAUCAUUUCAACAAAUUAAACCAAACGUACCAAAAAAUUAAUCAACACCAAAUCGAAAUCGAAUCAUUCGAAAAAAAAGACAUCAAAAAAGAAUUUAUCGAGCAAGAAUCGAAAUUGCACGAUUAUAAAGAAAAAAUAAACGGGUUAAACUCCCAAAGAGAUUUAGUUUCGGGUAGCUUAAUUAAACGAAGAGAACUUCAAGAUAAUCUCGAAAUUCGCCUCAAACAAAACACAAUUGCAUCAAUUUCCAAAAUUAUAAUUGAAUUGGAAUCCCAAGUUAAAGGUUACAAUUACUCUAAUUUAUACAAACAAAAACAAAUUCUCGUUAAUAAACACUCGAUUAUCUUAGAAGAAACUCAUAGAUUAAGCGGGAAAAAAGAACAAUUAGAAAGUACGAUUAAAGAUGAAAAAGAAGAACUCGAACGCCCCGAAUUUAAAAACGCGUACUCGGCUUAUAUGCGUAAAUAUUACGAGCUUAAAAUAAAAGAAAACGGGUUAAUUGAUUUACAAAUAUACGCGAAAGGGUUAGAAAAUGUUAUCAUCGAAUUUCACAAACAAAAAAUGAUUAGUGUAAAUGCUUUGAUUAAGGAGUAUUGGAGAUCGAUUUAUAGAGGCAACGAUAUCGAUUUUAUUCAAAUUAAAACCGAACAAACCGAGUCGAAAGGGGCCACUUCGCGGCGUGCCUACAAUUACAAAGUAAUCCAAAUUAAAAACGACACCGAAAUUGAAAUGAGAGGUUGUUGUAGUGCCGGUCAAAAAAUUUUGGCUUGUUUAAUUAUUAGGAUGGCUCUCUCAAGCGUUUUUAGUCAUAACUGUGGAAUUUUGGCUUUAGACGAACCGACGACGAAUUUGGACCGCGAAAACGUGAUGAGUUUAAGCGAAGCUUUGGCUACUAUGAUAAACGAUCGUAAAGUUGAAAGAAAUUUUCAAUUGUUGAUUAUUACGCACGAUGAAGAUUUUGUUAGGACGUUGUCCCAAGUUGGAAGCAUCGAGGAAUGUUUGAAAGUUAAGCGUAAUAAUGAUGGGUUAUCUGUGGUUCAACCGCAAGUUAUAUUAUAAGUUUAUUAUAAUUCUUUGUUUGUUAAACUUAUUUAUGUAAAUUUAGUUGCUUUUGAAUAAAUGUUAUUUUCACAUUA